CAGAGAGGCUGGCUCAGUGGCACCUCUGGCUCCUGGAGUAAGGCAGAAAUGGCGACUGCGACCCGGCUCCUUUGUCCGCCUGUGUCGAACUGGAAGCUGCGGCCACUGCUUCCCCCUGUGGUCAGCCUGGUUUCCCGGCGGGCCCAUUCGCUGUUGCCCGUGGACGAUGCGAUCAACCGGCUAAGCGAGGAGCAGAAGCAACUUCGUCAGACCAUGGCUAAGUUCCUUCAGGAGCACCUGGCUCCCAAGGCCCAGGAGAUCGAUCAAAGCAACGAGUUCAAGGACCUUCGAAAAUUUUGGAAGCAGCUCGGGAGCCUGGGAGUAUUGGGCAUCACAGCCCCAGUUCAGUACGGUGGCUCCGGCCUGGGCUACCUGGAGCACGUGCUGGUGAUGGAGGAGAUAUCAAGAGCUUCUGGAUCAGUGGGACUCAGCUACGGAGCCCACUCCAACCUCUGCACCAACCAGAUCGUGCGCAAUGGGAAUGAGGCCCAGAAGGAGAAAUACCUUCCCAAGCUGAUUAGUGGCGAGUACAUCGGAGCCCUAGCCAUGAGCGAGCCCAAUGCUGGCUCUGAUGUUGUCUCCAUGAAGCUGAAAGCAGAAAAGAAAGGAGAUCACUAUGUCCUGAAUGGCAACAAGUUCUGGAUCACCAAUGGUCCCGAUGCUGACAUCCUCAUUGUCUACGCCAAGACAGAUGUGGCUUCUGUGCCGGCUUCCCGGGGCAUCACAGCCUUCAUUGUGGAGAAGGGAAUGCCAGGCUUCAGCACUGCCAAGAAGCUGGAUAAGCUGGGGAUGAGGGGCUCGAACACCUGUGAGCUGAUCUUUGAAGACUGCAAAGUUCCCGCUGCCAACAUCCUGGGCCAGGAGAGUAAGGGCGUCUAUGUGCUGAUGAGCGGGCUGGACCUGGAGCGCCUGGUGCUGGCAGGUGGGCCCCUUGGGCUGAUGCAAGCUGUCCUUGACCACACCAUUCCUUACCUGCACAUGAGGGAGGCCUUUGGCCAGAAGAUCGGGCACUUCCAGCUGAUGCAGGGGAAGAUGGCGGACAUGUACACCCGCCUCAUGGCGAGUCGGCAGUACGUCUACAAUGUGGCCAAGGCCUGUGACGAGGGCCACUGCACUGCCAAGGACUGCGCCGGGGUGAUUCUCUACUCGGCCGAGUGUGCCACGCAGGUGGCCCUGGAUGGCAUCCAGUGCUUUGGUGGCAAUGGCUACAUCAAUGACUUUCCCUUGGGCCGCUUUCUUCGAGAUGCCAAGCUGUAUGAGAUCGGGGCUGGGACCAGCGAAGUGAGACGACUGGUCAUCGGCAGAGCCUUCAAUGCAGAUUUCCACUAGCCCCGUGCCCCAGCACCCAGAGGCCUAGCUUCAGAAGCAGAUCCGCCAUUCUCCUGCGUCCUGAGGCGGGCCCUGCAGCCUCUGCCUGGCAGCCUGCUGGCCUCUCCGCACUGGCUGCCAACACACAGACUCCUGGCUGCACCAGCCAAGCAGGAAUGCGUCCCACAGACUUGGCAGGAGCAUGCUGUCUUUUUCCACAGUGCUGGGAGGGCUUUGGUGACCAUGCCCUGGCUCCACAACUUCCCACCUUCAGGGGUGGCACCCACAGACACCCCUUUCUCCUGGGGGGACCUCUGGUGGGGAGACCCACCCACUCAAGAACACCCUAAACCCUCAUCCUGUUUGCCAGUUUCUUGAGUUUCACUGCCAGCAGCUCAGGACACCGGUGCCAGGCACAGGGAGCCUUCUACACUAUACGGAUGGGUCCUGGCCAGGUGACUUGCACAGCUGACUGGGAAGCAGGCACAGGCCCUGGCCAACUAGGCCUGGAUCACCCAGUCCAGCUUCAGCUGAGGCUGUCUGCUUUCUCUAGAUGCCCUAUGGCUAAUUGUGUUACUACUGCCCAGUGGCUGCUGCCUGAAGAAGUUCGAAUUGAUGCUUGGGAUAGAGGAUGUCUCAGCCCCCGAUCUCUCCAAUUUUCUUUCUUUUUUCUUUUUUUUUGUAUUGAAGAUUGAAUACGGAGGGCUGAGCUACAUCC